AUCCCCACAGCGCCGCCAUCGCCGCCGCCGCCGCCGCCGCCUGGGGCCUUGGCCGGGUCGGGCUGCCCGCCGCGCUGCCUGCGCCGACGACCGACGGAGACGCCCAAGGAGUCCUUCAGGCUGCAAGGCCGGGUAGAGCCCCGCCCAUUGCCCAAUCUCGGAUGCUGGAGGCCCCGCCCCUGCUGCUGGCAGCUGGCGCCCUUGGCCUGGUGCUGCUGGCGCUGCUGUGGCUGCUGCAGGCCUUGCGACUCUGGGGCCUGUUCAUCAUUGGCUGGAACGAGCUUGUCCUGCACCCCGUCCGCAACCUCCUCAUGGGCAACAGCAAGGAGCAGCGUAUUCUGCGCCACGUGCUGCAGCACGCGGUGGCCGGGGACCCGGAGAGCGUGCUGGACGCCAUCGACGCCUACUGCUCACAGAAGGAGUGGGCUAUGAACGUGGGCGACAAGAAAGGCCAGAUCGUGGACGCCGUGUUGAGGGAGCAGCGUCCCUCGGUGCUGCUGGAGCUGGGUGCCUACUGUGGCUACUCGGCCGUGCGAAUGGCCCGCCUGCUGCUGCCUGGUGCCCGGCUGCUCACCAUCGAGCUCAACCCUGACUACGCCGCCAUCACCCAGCAGAUGGUGGACUUCGCAGGCCUGCAGGACAGGGUGACCGUUGUCAUUGGGGCGUCCGAGGACAUCAUCCCCCAGCUGAAGAAGAAAUAUGACGUGGACACUGUGGACAUGGUCUUCCUCGAUCACUGGAAGGACCGGUACCUGCCAGACACACUCCUCCUGGAGGAGUGUGGCCUGCUGCGGAAGGGGACAGUGUUGCUGGCCGACAACGUCAUCUGUCCGGGGACACCAGAGUUCCUGGAGUACGUGCGUGGGAGCAGCCGCUUCGAGUGCACGCACUUCAGCUCGUACCUGGAGUACUCGCAGGUGGUGGACGGCCUGGAGAAGGUCGUCUACAAGGGCCCGGGCAGCCCUGUGCAGCCUUGACCACCCACCCUGCCCCAGCUCCCUGGCCAAGCCGGAUUCUGAAGGGUGUGGUGGCCCUACUCCUAGCUGCCCCAUGUCUGCAAUGUGUGCGUCUGUCCUCAGUGCAACACCCUCAAGGCCUGUGAGGCCCAGGCCUGCCCGCGCUGGCCCCUGCAUGUGGGUCCACCCCAAGCGCGACCAGCUGACCUUGCAAAAUCACUGCAGUAAAUCUGGAAAGUAUCUGACUGUAAAGGCCAGCUCAGGCAGGUGGUGUCCGUGAUAGUGUCCCACCCCCACCCCCACCCCCCAGCAUUCCAGUCACGCUUCUGAUUCAGAAAGUCAGAAGUCGGGGAACGGGCUGUGCACUCACGCAGCCUGCCCUUGAGGUCUGCCGUCACCAGGUGGCAGCAAUGCCUCAGGGAUGGCACCAUAACCAACAACUCACCCCACACUUCGGACUCCUGAGUUCUUUCACUUCCUUUUUAAGAAUGAAAUGCAACUUCUUUACUAAAAUCAUCUGUUAACAAUCUUAUAUACCAAUAUCAUGUUUUAAAGAUAGUAAAAUAAAAAUUAAAGAUCUAAAUAUUUA